AUGAGCGACUCCGAUGACAAAAAGUCAAACAAAACUUCAACGUUGAGUGAAGAACAAAAGAAAGCACAUCAUAUUGCCAGUGAACAGAAAAGAAGAGAGAAUAUACGAUCAGAGUUCGACAAAAUUGUUUCUCUUACCCCCACGUUAUCUGAAAGUGAAAAUAGACUGGAGUUAAAUAUCUUGACAAAACUGGCAGACUAUAUUGAUUUGCUUAAACAGGAACAUACAGACUUGAUAACUAAAGCGAAAAAGAAAGGAAUAUUCAUCCCACCAAAUUUAGUAUAUGAGGGGCCUUCAAGUGACGCUAAUUUGGACUUGGGGAAACAGGACUAA